AGAAUAUAUACACUACGCGAAAAGAAGCGACACUUAAGCAUGUGUGCUCGUAAAAUCGCCCGCGGCUAUGUGUGGGUGUCUGGAGGUGCGCGGGGGCGUUGCGCGGCGCGCGGGGCGUGGAGACGGCAGUCGCCGACUGCCUCGACCGAAGGGAUGGCAGUAGCGAAAUAGUAAAAUAAUAGCGUUGCACUGCAUUGCACGCACAGACUGACUACGCUACGCAAUCUUAUUAUUAUUUAGAUAAUAAUAAGAAUUAUAAAACGAAUCGAAAAAGGAGAAAACAUAUAAAAGUUAGCAAUUUGUUAUAGUACCUACAUUAAAAGAUUAAAAAUUGAUUAUAAAAUCAAACCUAUCCUUCAUUAUUUACCCCAGUAUCCUUGAAUCAGUUUACAUUUAAUAACUUACUAUGCAUAAAUAUUCAUUGGCACAAGUCUAAAUUCCAAGUUCAACCCUAGCGCAUACACGCUCCUGCUCAAGGUCACUGACGCUGGAACUCUCACGUACACAGAGUGUCACCGCUGUGCCUUCACAGCUCUGUGCAACGCAUGCUUUUUUCCAUGUUUGCCAUUAAAUUCUUAAACUUAUGCUAUAGUAAUUGUUUAGUUCUUAGUAUCUUCGCCGCACUUCUCCUAUGGUAUGUGUGCGUUACGCCAAUCGCACUGAAACUUAGAUUUAGGUUGUUUCGAUCAUUAUCAAUACAUUAUACUUUGGUGACAAGACAGAUAAACUACUCCAGUUUCAACGAUUAAAAAUGUAUAUUGACACAACUUUUUUAUUUUCGCUAUCGAAGAUUUUUAAUUAUAUUCUAUCAUCUGCCAUCGUUACACAUUUACCUACUUACUAACGUUCUAAUUAAAUCAAGGUUAAGGUCGACUUUGUUAUUGCAAAAACAAAUUUAAACUUUCACUUUGUAACUACCUCAAUGCGAAAGUUCAUUUACAAAUGUACACCUAAAACAAUGUUAUCCCUAGUAAAAACAAAUCUAGAACUGUUUAUAUUACUUUUGUAGUAACUACUUCCCUCUCAUUUUUGACGAUAGUUUACUCGGGCUGUAGUUUUUUUGAAGAUUACAACACUUGCAUUUUCAUAUUGAUUUUUUGGCCAGGAGCCCAACAAAACCCUUACUUAAAGUUUGUAGAUUUCGGUAUAUUUAUAUACUAAGGUAGUAUAAUAUGGUUCGAUUGCUAUAUUCGUAGACCACAUAAUUAAAAAUAAUAAACUAAAUGUUCAUAUUUUUAUUUAACUGCCUAAAUAUAAUGAAAUUUACUAAACUUCAGUACAUAAGAUUGACCUACACUAUAUGUACCAACGUUGGUGGUUAUCCAAGUGAUUACAUAUAGUAUGUUGUGCCAAGCCAAGCGAUCAGCGCGGCUCGUUACCUAACAGGCUAUCGUGGCUUUCAGUACAUAUUUUGUUGACCACCAGUGUCGUUUUCAAUAUCGCACACUUUUAUCAAUAUAUAAAAGUGAAGGAAUUUAUUAUCCAAUAAAUUUAUAACCCCAACGGAUAAGAACAAUAACUAUAUUCUAGUCGGUGAUAUUAUCAUUAUACAAUAAUUCUCUUGGUGCCUAUUUAGAUAAAACUUAAAGUAUUGUUGUGGCGAAUGGCAUAUAAGAUAAGGUAUUUUAUUGUAUGGGAUCAUUAAAAAAGACGUUGUGGCAUACGUGCUUAGUCAUUUGUUCUUUGACUGCGAUUACUGUAACAAAGUGUUUUAAGUGCUUCGUUUUCAACGCCUUCAGCAAUAAAAUGGUUAACGACUUGGUGGAUGUUAAGGUAGCGUAUUUAGGCACUUGAAUUUUAAUUUCGAUUUAUUUCAUCACAAUGAUUAGGUAUAUUAACAAAAAAAAUUUAAAUAAAAAGAGAACCGUUUUCUCACACGGAAGUUUCCGGAUUCCGUAACAUCGUUAACAUUUCAUAAAAAAAAGUCAAGCAAAACCUUCAAAAACAACAUUUUGAUAUGCAAAUUUCAAUCAGAAUGGUUUUCAUUUUAAUUUAAUUAAGCAUAUAGGUUGAUGUCAUCUUCUUCUUGACUACGAAUGUUUUGACAACAUUGUAGCUUGUUGCUUUGCCCGCACCAUAUUUUGCUCCAAUCCCAAAAUGUGUCUGAAAAUCGAAACGUUGGUGGUAGUUACUACAAACACAAGAUAUAGAUGUUCACGUCAUUAUUUAAAGUAUGAAUCUGAAAUUAUUCGUUUGUAAAGUUCUUGUGCAAUUUCAUAGUGGUAACACUAGGAAACAUGAGCUUGGAAAAAGAAAUAGAUAUGAUCAUUUUUUUUGUUUGAAAAUAUAAAUUUUAUGCUCGGUGCAACAUCUACAAAAGGCUUAUGCAACGUGGAUAGAAAUAAAAGAGUAAAAGCAGUCCCGCCCUUCUAGGAAAACUGUCGCGAGUCAUUAUUAUAGAUGGAUAUAUUUUUCUUCAUUGAUAUCGCUUUAAGCAUUCUUUUCCAUGAAUGAAACUGUUGCGUAAUUUGAAACGCCUUAAAAUUUUGGAAACGCAGAAGCUACUGGCAUAGCACGCUCUUGAUGUGAAUACAAAUGUAACACUUUCAUUCCUGAAGAUGUAGAAUCUUAAAAAUAAAAUGCAUAUCAUUGGUAACGUGCAGUAAAUAAUCCAGUUAGUUUUUGGUUACAGUCUACAGAAAAUUAACUGUAGUCUUUGAAUCGAAAUUACCGGGCUUGCACUUCACAGCAAAUCUUAGUAAAUAUUUGUAUUUUUUCUUGUAUUUUUGAAUUAAAAUAAUCAAAAAACUGCUUAUAAAAUCAAUGACACGUGUCGAAUAUUUUUAAUUGAAAAGGAUAUAUUAAAACUAACGAUAUCAAAAACAACUUGUAAAAACAAUAAUUGUAAUUCAAACCUCUGUGGUUUUAAGAUGCGAUUGAUUACAACAUUAUAAUAAUAUUUCUUUGAAACUGAAAACAAGUCUCGCAACUCAGUAUUUCUACCGUAAAAAGUUGUGAGAUCCAUGUAGGUAAUACCUACCAAGUCGGUUAAUUUCUUCCGUCCCUGCUUAAGGGACCUUCUGUCUUUUAAAUAAAUAGAUUGACUUGGCCAUCGCAUGAAGACACAAUGUAUGGCCAUAUUGACGAUUGCAUGAAAACAAAUGCAUGAAAACAUUAAAGUAGGUUGUUUAGUGCGAUCGCCAAGUUAACCUAUUUAUUUAACCUAUAUUGGUAUAACAUGGAUCUCACAACUUCUUACGAUAGAACUGAGUUGCGAGACUUGGUUUUUUACAAGUUAUGUAUUUGAUAGCAUCACAUUUCUUUUUGUAGAUAGUCGUACUUUUUUUACUUUCCUGUACCUUUUAAUUCUUGAAUACAAAUGAUUUUCUUAAAGUCCUCUGUCUGUAAGAAAAGCUCAUAUUCUUAUUUUUGUAGGUGCAAAUUUAACUAUAUGAAUAUAACCUAUAUAUUCAUAUAGGAUUACAAAGUUAUUUAUACAGUCGGUGUAUCUAGAAAACAAGACCGAAUUUCAAAAUAUUUAGGUUUUUUCUUGAUUUAUACACUAAACACUAAUUGCAUUCAAAAGUUGAAGCUUCUAUGUCUGCACGAAGAACAGUGCUCGAAACCAUGGGUUUCAUGAUCAGUCAAUCAGUGAGUGACAAAAUUAAGAAACAUUGCAACCAGUAGCAUGCUUGGUUAGUGAAAAUUCAGGCUUCUACUUUUAUCCACAACGAAGUUAUAGGGGUCGAAAAUAGCCUCAACUGUUUCGAGAAAAGUAUGGUACGGCCGUGCCUUUUUUGAUCGACUCCUAUGUACAUUGUUCUUAUAGCCAAAUUUUUUCCCAUAAAUUUUUGUGUUGUUGUAAUAAAUAUACAUCGUAGGGAAAUGAGGAAACCAGGGAUUCCAUGAAAUUAAUAAGAAGACAUAAACUACACAAUAUUCGCCAUCUAUCGUGAUUUCGUGAAAUCCCUGGUUUUGUCAUUUCCCUACCAUAAUUAUGUAGAAUAUUGAUACUUAAAAUAAAACGUGAGCAGUCCCGGGCUGUGGGUACUGUACUUGUAUACUUUCAAUAUAUGCGGCGAAGGUACUGUAAAAAUGUUUUUUACAGUACCUUCGCCGCAUAUAUUGAAGGGCUAUUUCUACUCGUCUCUAGCAAGGUAUCCUUCUGGUAAGGAAAAGUAGAAUUCUUCUUCUUCUACAUAAUAAGCGUGUGUAAAUUAAUGAAAAAUGUUUCUACGAAGAAUUAUAUCUCGUUCAGAUAAGUAAAAAAUACCCAAGGCGUAUGACAGAUAACAAUAAACGAGCAUUAGUAAUCCGCUGCAAUUCAACAGCAAUAAAUAUAGAUACCUGUAUUUAUUGUUAAUUUGUGAGUUAUAUUUUACAAUAUUAUAUAUUUUAUUUCGCCACCUUAUGCACAAUCAAUCUUUAAACCAAACAGAUCUGUAACCUGAUACAAUAGCAAGUACGAGUAUAUAUUUACAUUUAUUAUGUUAAAAUGUUUACAUUGCAAUGGAAAUAAAUAACUACGCUUUAUUCUCAAAUUAGGUAUAGUAAAUACCUAUUUAGAUUUUUCAGAACUCUUUGACCUAAUGACUUAAAAUUAACUGUUUAUUUAUCAUCUCUCUCUCUCUCUCUCUCAUCAAAUCAAAUGAUGAAUUUGAUUCCAAAGCCUGGAAUGUGCAUUUUAAAACUUCUAAUGUGCUGGUCAAAAAUAAUAUAUCUAUAACCUUCUUCCUGACGCAAAAACGGUAAUUAAAAAAAAGAAAGUCUUAAAAAAGAUAACAAUCAUGCGUGUCGAUUUUGAAACUGAAAAGACUCUUCGCAGUUUAGUUUUAAUAAAUAUCAUAUCUUAACUUAUUUAUGUAAUACGUAAGUAUGACGUGUCUCUUGAUAAUAUAAUUCGCGUAGUGUGUGAUCGGAGGCACGUCGGCAACGCACACGCGGGUUACCUCGCCACGCCUUCAAGCCGGGACCCGCUGAGCCGUUGCACUCAUGACAACCUGUUUGCAUUAUUAUGAAAUACAUCUACAGCAUCAUAGUAUGACAAUGCCGUCUUUUAAGUCUUCGCGACUUACACAAUACUACAUUUAGUUUCACCUGCAUUGCAUAUCACACUCAGUUGAUGAUGGAUAUAUUGUACCUACACGCUGUUAAUAUUGAAAAUAACUUCUGUCUCGUUAUGUUUUUUACUAAAAACGACAUAAGAAAUGCGGAUAUUCAAUUGUUAAGGGAAAGAUUUGUUAGGAUGGGGAAGUAAGACACUUAAAUGUUUUUUGAAAGUUUGUGGCCAAAUGUAUCAUCGAAUUAACCCGUCCAACAAUUAAUUUUAUGAAUCUCUCAUAAUUGUCUAUUUACAUAGACUUCUUUUUAGACAUUUACUCGUUACAGACAUAAAAUAAUAACAUGUUAAAAUUUUGAGAAUUAAUAAAAUGAAUAUUAGACGCAAAACCACCUCAUAAUAUGUAAUACCGAAAUUUUUCCCAGCCAAUCAAAAUAACUUUCAUGUAUUAAUGAAUCACUUGCUUCUUCUUCUACUUGAAAAAACACUAAAGCAUUUUCCAAUACUAAUCACCAUACUCCAAAAGUAGUAGGUAUUUAUUUUACAUAUGAAGUAACUGACGCAACUACUUCCUUUUCUUGCAAUCACCAUUGCCCAAUCUAAGGAAUGGUGAAUGCCUAUUUGAUAUAAUAUAAUAUAAGAGUAAACCUACUGGAAACAUUAAUUUGAACAUGCAGCGAGCUUUUCGUUCUUAUAGUUUACGAUACCUUUCGUAUGAUGUAUAAAAAACUGUACGUACUCAAUAUUUUGUCAAAUGGUACAUUCUUGAAAGUUGUUUUACAAAAUCACUCAGCUCACUACACAACUGCUCAGUAGUGGGAGACGUGGGCGUGAAUGGAGAAGCAAUGUGAGAGCAACACUUUUAUAUUUAUUUAUUUAUGACUCAAUACGCAAUGUGAUUUUUCGUGAUCCACGUCACGUCACAGGUUGUUUGUAACCAACAAAUCAAGGCAAGCGCUACGUGUCUGGCAUGAGUCGCAAUUCUCUUGUUUUCCUAUACUAUCUAGGAGGGGGUUCACCUAAAGACAAGUGCAACUAAACUUAGUUUACACAUGACCAAAACUUUAGAAUUAUAACUUAGAAAGCCUAAAGUAACAUUAUAUAUGGAUUAUUGAACCUUGUUUGAAUAUACUAAAAGCAGGAAAAUAAAUCAAUCUGCUCAAUGCUGCUAUACUUCCUACGUUCUAAAAUAGGUCUACUUAUAGAUACUACUAUGGCCACACUUCUAGAUGUCAAUUAAAUAUUAAGUUCGAAUUUUGAUAACUUAAAUAUUAUAAGUAAUCUUUAAAUUUAAAGAAACAACUCCUGGUUUAUAAGCAUAUGCUUAUUUCUGGUUACGCAACUUACCAGUUGUUAUAUUGAACUAAUAACCAGAAAUAUCUAGGCAACUAAGCUCUUUUAGGCCUACCUAUCUCCUAUGAAAACUCAGUGUAAUCUUGAUUAAAGCCAUUAAUGAAGCAUUGCAUUUAAUUCACUUCUCUAGGUGCGGCCAUCAGUGUUAGACUUUUUGGUAAGAUGCCAGUACCAUAAGCAGUGUGUUAUGCUUGGAUAAUUGCAUAAAUGUAAAAGACCAGCGAAGUUCCAUACUGUCUUUCACCUCUAUAGGUGAGAUCUAUUCUUCCUAAUUCUUCUUAUUUCUUAAUUCUGCCUCUAUAGAUGAGAAAUUUUCUUAAAUUCUUUUUUAACAGACGCCUUUUACUCAUAAUCUAUGUUCGUAUCAAAUUCCAUCUCCUUCGUAUCAUGCCCUUUAGGUCAAACGGUUAUUUAAAUUUCGGAUAAGUCGCACAAGUUAACAUUGACUAAUAAAAUACAUUGAAGUUCAUGGACUUUGCUUCUGAAAUCUUAAAAAAAAUGUUUAGAAUAUAUACAAGGGAAUAAACAUGAAAAUAAGCCUAAUAUUUUCUAAAAUUAAGUAAAUAGAAAUACAGAAAUCAGCAAAUUUACAUUUUGCUACGUCUACGACGAUCUGACUACACAGAGCUGACUACAAUAAUAAGAAAAUUAGUUACAGAUAUUCACCGUUUCGAUAUGGACUGACAAUUCGUUUACUGUAAUUUAAAAUUCUGGCCUCAGAAAAAUUUAAAUAUGUAAAGUGAUAAAAUACAACUUUGCUAUAAAUGUUAUUCUUUAAGAAAAUUAAUUGCUUUUUUUGUUUUUUUUUACCGCGUUUUAUGGUAAAUAGUUCAUAAAUGUUUGCUUUGACCUUUUCGAUAUGUUAAAGUUUUUUUAAUGAAAGUUAUUUUUACACAAAAAUGCUAAAUAGUCAUUAAAAUCCUCAGCAGCCUAUUAAUAUCUAUACUGCCAGAGCACAUGCCUUGCGUUUAGAUUUAAUAGAGAGAACCGGCCAUGAUCCACCACACAGAUGAGGGCAUUCAUUUGAUGCAGAUUACCUUUUGGUCAGUCUUUAUAUCAUCGUGGAAGUAGCUUUACUUCCAGGAUCGCAGACCAAACGCACCAGCUACUUCGCCAAAGAGUAAUCUUUCUUACACGAUACAACAAAACCCCACCUUAUACACAAUAUUAUUCAGUGAAAAGUAUGUCACUAAUAUAGACCUGAUUUUUUUCAGAAUCCUAUUUAAAAGGAUGACAUUGUUUCAAUACAAGUAAUAAACUAUGUGUGAGCUCAAUGUCAUUCCAAGCAUUCAUCAGUUUUUGCGUAAUAGAAAAUUAGCAGGAACAUGAUCUAACAUUCUAAAGGUGCUAUCCGACGAUCUGUGUUGUCGCGGGCCAGGCCGCGCUGCGCAGGUUUGCCAAACGUAUGAGAAGUCGAACGUAUUAGAUAGCAUAAUAAAUCUGUACUUACUGAGACGAUCCUGUGUGGACUGGACAUUUAUUUACUUUCUGAUGAAAUUUUUGGUUUGCGUAUAUGACACAAACAGUCAACAUUAUUCAAAUUUCAUAUCAAAGUGUAUUUACUUCGUAUUAUGUGUAUAGAUACUGCUAAAUCACGAAGGUUAGGGUUUUCAUACUUUUGGCAACACUGCGUGGCGCGGCCUUGUCUGAGACAACACAGAUCAUGGGAUAGCACCUUAACAUGCAUAACUACUAAAAAUUGGAGCGCGUUUAUGUCUUUUUUUUUUAAACAAAAACAACAGUCAAAAAUUUAUGCAUUAACAUAUUCAUUAUUUUAACAUUAUACCAUAAGCCACUUCACCUGGCAUUAUUUUCUUAAUGAAUAUUGUAUUUUUAUUAAAAUUAUAGCCAAAUAGGUAUCAGUGGCAAUUAUUUAAUUUGCGUAAUUUGAGUAAUUUCUGCAUCUAUUUUUAUACAUGAUUUUUAAUUUAUUCGGAAUAAAACGGAAUCGAAACCUGCGAGCUCGAAAGUCAUAGGUUUCUUACGAGGAAAAACAAAUAAAAUUCGACAUGGAAAUUCCCGUUGAUUAUAUUAUAGGAACUGGGCAUAACAGUUUUCUAAGAAAACUUAGUGAUAGAGUACUAACUGAUAUAAGACACAUUCGUAAUAGAGACUCAACGUAAGAGAAGUGUUCAAGAAAAUCGAUCGAUUGUAACGAAAAACAAUUAUCGAGUGCGACAUUAGCCAUUAUGGUUCGAAGCUAAUCGACUAGUUGGAAUUAAGCACAUUUUAAGCAAAAUAUCUUAAUAUUAUAACCUUGUUAGAUAAACAAGUAUUGUAGGAAGUCUUAAUCGCUUGAUCAUAAUAUAGAUACUUAUAAUAUAUAUAUUGCAGAUUGACCAGUUAAUUCAGUUCCUUGUUUGCAAUCAAUGUCAACGAAAUUAAAAUAGAUAUCAGAGUAGUUUGCUCUUACAACGUCAAUAGCACAAUCAAGCACAAAACUGUUUUUCUCAAACAUGCUUGGAAAUGUGAGCAUUAUUUUGACAACCUUCUUCGAGAUAAAUCUAAAUUACUGUACUCUGCAAAAGUUGUAUUAUAAUCCAUAUAGUUUUCGUGAGCUCGCACUCGUACUAAGGGUACUGAUCUUAUUGUUUUCGUUUCAAUCCAAAUAAACAGUGCUUAAAUUCUAUCAUUAAAUCAUUUGCGUCUCCUUAAAUUUUAAGUAUAUUUGGUUACUUUUCACCAAAAUAGACAUAGAAACAUAAUUUACAAUUACGAAAUCGAUGAUAGUUUUCGAGAGCUCGCACUCGUACUAAGGGUACUGUAGGUUGCUUACAAAGUUUGAGUCAAAAAGAAUCAAAAACCAUUUAUGCAGUCUAGGCUAAUAGUACACUAGUGAAGGUCAAAUAGCUACGCCAUCGGUUCGCAAAUCUACUGUGGGAGACCUUGUACUGAGAAGAACCGGCAAGAAACUCAGCAAGGGCUGCUUUUUUCUCCCUGUGUGCAAAUGAUUUUACUUUUAUUAUAUACAAAGUCGAAAAUCAGGUUGAAAAAUUACUUAUGGGAUAAUUCAGAAGUCAACUUCCAUUACAUAAUUUAGAAUAUAUACAAUGUUUUAUUUAUAGUCAAAAUAUUUUACGCGAUACUAAUUUAGAUUUUUACCCCAUUUUGGGUGGUCUUAUUUCAAAACAUCAUUCCAUAAUUUUUGCACAUGGUAUUAAAGGAAACUGUUUGCAAAAUUUCAGCUCUCUAGGUCAAAAAGUUUGGACUAAUUGUUGACGAGACCCAGAGCAGGCUCUUCAGAAUCCGUUUCACUUCUUCAUGCGUUGAAUUUUAAAAUAUCCUUUCUUUUUCCUUGUACACAUCAUACAAGGAAACUCUGUGCAAAAAUUUCUGCAAGGUUUUGUUCUGGACGUUGAUCCGAAUUCAACCAAUUAGGUUGAUUAAAGGGUUGAUGUUUGGAAAAUUACCUAAGAUGUGUUUGUUAGUAGUAGUCAUAAAUUAAAAUUUUUAUUCUAUUUUUUCGCCAUACAGACUUUGAAUCUUUUUCUUUACCCCUUCGAAUUUUACUCCUACUACUUGCUUUAUUUCUUUGUUCACUAUGCGAAAUUUGUGCAAAAAGCUUUCUGAGUUCAAAUGUAUGGUCUGGAUGUUGAUGAGUCAGACAGUCAGGCCUUGUAGGUAUAUUAUAGAAGUAGAACUUUUAGGAUUUAUUGUUGAAUCACCGAAGAAAUGUAGUUAUAUUUUCUACUAGAGGAUAAGACAGACAUCGUACCGCUCGAUUAAAAUAUAUAAAAAUAACUUAAAACUCAACUCCUUAUCUCCUCCCCUAUUAGGUAAAGUUGUAAGUUAAUUUUCUUACAUUUUUUGGGUAAUUUCCUUAAUUUUUUCUCGUGCGAAUUUUCAAAAAAGUAGAAAACUUAAAAAAAAAAGAAUGAAAUCGGGAAAAUCAUAUGCAUUUUUUACAUAUUAUACAGAAGAUAAAACUUAAGCAAUUCCUCAAAAAAAUAACAGUAGCAUAAACCUUUAUAAUAUAAGAUAACUGCAAUCAGUUAGUUACUGAUGAUAUCUAGGAAUUCGUCGUAAGAUUAUUAAAAAGUCCCUUUCUUAUCUAAAACGAAAAUUUGCACUACUUUCAUAGAUAUAACAAAAACAUUCAUUUAUUAACUUAUGAUAUUAACUUUACUUGUAUGAUCAUAAUUUAUUUAUACACCAAGUUUGAAACUUCAAAAGAAGAAUACUAAUAGCUUGCAUUUAUACCUACACAUUAUAGGUAACCUACACAUAAAAUGCAAAUGAUAAUAUACAUACAUAGGUUGAUUCCAACUUAUUUCAGAAAAAUAAUUUCACAACAAUCUAUAAUUUCUCUCAUCAUUGUUUAACAUCUACAUAACCAAGAACUCACUUUUAAAAAGUCCAUUAAAAAUUGUUAACGAAAUAUGUACUUACUAAUGAUAACAGAAAUAUAAAUAUUUUUUUAGUAAAAUGCUAGAAGUCUGUGCGGAAAGAGAAUGGGAUUUAGAUUGGAGGGCGCUGUAGGGAUUUGCUACCGUAUUUGUAAGGUUUUACCUCUUUUAGACAUGAUUAAAUACAAAAAACCGCAAGAAAUCACAACAACAAACAAAUCCGUAUCAAUACAAAAAUACAAAAAUUUGACGUUUUACAGAUUGCUGGGUUUGAUUGCCAAAUAAAAAUCUUAAUGUUAGUUCCGUUUUUCGCCACGCCCAUUCUCUUUCCGCACAGACUCUACGAGAUUUUGAAUUUCAUAAUGCGCGCUACACUUUAUUGCAUCAUUCUUGUCUACUGACUCUAUUAUUGUUAAAACAUUACACUCCUCCUUUCCUUUCAAAUGAAAUAUUCAGUAUUAUUCAAAUUGAACAAAAAACGUUUGCUAAAUAUGUGAUGUAUUAAAUUCACUAAAUUGGGUAAAUAUUAGGUCAGUUACACAAUAAUUUCAUCGCGUGAACGUGAAGGUCGUCACGUGAGCGCUAGGCGCUAGGUGGCUUCCUGAGGGGCCCGCGCGCCAGUCGUGACGUCACACGUGCGAGCGCGAGCGGGGCGCGGCGGGGCGGGGUGUCUGAGGGUGUGGUGCACAUGCGCGGCCGAUCCGUCCCAAGGUGACCCUCGCGCGACUCGACUGGCAAGUAUUCUGCGUCGCCGGCCGGUCAGAGUACUCUACUCCUUUCACUUCUGCACGACGAAACGGUCACAGAUACCGGUAUUCGCACCAUCGCGGAUACCUUUGUAAUUCUUGUGCUCGGUGGAAUUUAUGACAGCACCCUGUGGACUCCAACGUUACUCGUUCACCACCUUUUAUCUCAGUCGACGCGAUUGACAAGACGAAUCGAUAUGCGUCCGGCACGAGAUAUUGUAAGUAAUAGAAAAUCAGAUAUUUGCAUGCGUUACAAUAAAAACGUAGUUAGCUCUUUUACACUAGGCAAUUGGCACAAGUAUUACUCUGAAAUAAGAUGGUAAACUCAUCAAAAGGUAAAGGAGAAGCACUGAUAGGUAAAGUGAGGUUAUGUCCAUACAACUACCUUUGGUAAAGUUGUAUAAUAUAAUACAUUUAUAACUUAUAGUAGGUCCAAUUUUCCUUUUUAUCUACAUGAAAAUUAGGCAUAAAAAUUGUCGGUUGUGUACUCUACAUUUUUAGGCAAAACGAUAAAAACGUUAAAUUUGUAAAAAUCACAAUUUACGUGCACACAAAAUAUUUAAUGUUUACUUUUUCAACACUCAUAGAUAACGGAUCGAAGUCGACGGCUAUAAUUUUUAUUCUUUGAAAGUAGUCCGCAUCACAAGGUCGACUUGAAGGUCACCCGUUAGGCACAAGUGCCCAAAUGUCAAAGACAUCAUAAGGAAAAUAACUGGGCGGCUUGUUUGCAGUACAAUUUAUCACGAAAAAGAAAACUGUCGCUAAAUUCAAUAGCAUAUUGCACCGACUGUUCACUAAUUUAUUUAUAAAAUUCAAAACGUACAAUGAUCAUGAUCAUAGUAGGUUGUAAAAUUUUAAUUAUUUACAUAUAUACCGUAGUCUCCAUUUAAAAUACAGUUUAUUUGAUUAUUGUAUUUUAGUUCACACAGCUUGCUUUCAAUGAAAAUGUAGAGCUAGCUGAUUAUGUAUUUUUUAAUUUAGUUUUCUCCUUUAGAUUGCCUUGGGUAGGCCUACCUAUCCAUUUCUAGUAACAUCUACGUUAUUGAUUACAAUACUUUACGUUUUUCUCUUUAAUUAAAGAAUCGAAUUGAUAUUUUUUGAGGGUCUCAGUACCAGGGAGAAUGGUUUUCUGUGAUAAACCCACUGUUACAGUAAUCUACUAUUAUUUUCUGUUUUUUUUUCAUUUUUAUGUCAGUUUUUGACGAAACAAUAUGAAGAUAGGAUAAAAUGCAGCAAUCGCUGAUUUUUUCCUGGUUCUUUUUAAUAUUAUCAUAAUCCCUUAUAUGCGAGUACAUUUACGAUUUUUAACUUUCAUGAAAAAAAUUUGAAAUUAUUAUUUUAACAAACUCUCUUGUGAUAAUAUAGAAAACUUUUAGUUUGAAAUUUAAGUCUCUUAGUGUAGGGGAUUUCUGUAAUGGACCUUCUGUUCUGGUUCUUCUUAAUAUUAAUAAUAUUCCUGAAUUAUAUGAGUAGAUUAACGAACUCUUAUUUGAUUUUUACUUUCAGAAAAUAAGUUAAAGCUUUUUUCCUAACUAGCUAAUAAUAUAAUCUCUCAUGUGUUUGUAUACAAAAACUUCUAGUUGUAUUAAUUUAUGGUUUCUUACAAGUACAAAAAAAGUAUACCAUGAUAAGCAAAACUGUCUUAUUUCUCCAAUUUGUCCCUUUUUUAUGUGUUGUGUGAAUGUGGUAUUAUAUCUUUUGUCUAGGUGCGUAAUGUUAACAUUAUUAGACACAUAUUUUAGCACAUCCAGUAAGAAGCGAAACUUCGCCGGUUUUAUCCGGAUCAUAAAUAAAUAACAGCCCGAAAAUGUCAUAUGAUAAUUCGGCGAACAUGUUUUUUAUAUUAGCACAUAGCUACGUGUAGCAGCUGUAUUUGUGAGACUGAUACUUUUCUUGUUAUUUUCAUUAAAGAAUCGUUUUAUUUGCUAAACAUUAAUUUUAUAAGUAUAAUAUAUAUGACUAGGCACUUUAUAUAGAAAUCUAACUAAAACAUGACAACACUGAUACUUAAACGAUAUCAUUAGAGUACAAAUUCUGAAGUACCAUUAAUACUGGACUUUGGACUCAUUUAAUUUGAUGCUCUUAUGUUGGUCGCCAUACAAUAAAACUCUAGGCCAAAUGUCGACGAAUAUUCUUACUAUUUUGUUUUUCAUAGACACUAAAUUUGGAGAAUUACUUAUAAGUAAAUCGUGAAAUUUAUUAGAUACUUAUUUUAAAACGUGAUGGUAUACGAACAGAAUAUUUUUUUCUAAAGGUAAUUCGAUUUAUCGUUUAAUACUCUUACCAUUACAUCACAUUAAACUUAAAUUGGUACCUACUACAAUCAAUCAAAUUUCUUGAAUAUGUAUUGGAUCACUAUGCUAUAUUUUUUUUACUCCUAUUUGACUAUACUUAUAAGUAUAUUAGGUAUAUUUCAGGUUUUUCUGGAAAUAGAGGUUUUUGCCUACGUAUAUUUAAAAAAGAUGUAUUGAAUUCACUAAAAAAACUUUUUUGAACAAAAUCCCGCUAUAAGCUGUUUACAGUAUACAGUGAUCAUAAACCAUAAUACGAGCGGCACUCUAGUAUCAAAGGAUCCUAACGAAUAAAUUGCCAUGACGCAAACGUUAUCACAUCCGAUGUAUUCAUCGACCAAAUGGACUAAUGCUGCUAAUGAUGACUGGCAAGAACACAGUACUUACACCGCUUUCAAUAUGCCUAUUAUCAUUAAUAACACAAAAAAUAUAAAAAAUUGAUUCGUCAUAAAUAUACAUUGCAGUUAAGGUACCUAAACUACGAUGAUAAAAAACCACUACAUAAAUUAGCUAAGAUCAAUUAUGUAACUAAUAUUAUGAAAAAGGAAUGAUUAGAUUGUUUGUUUGUUUCUACUGAAAAUAGGCUUCCGAAACUACUAGACCGUUUAAUAAAUUCUUUCACAUUUAGAAUCCUACGUUAUCCCUGAUGAACAUAGGCUAUAGUAUAAUUGACAAUAAAGCAAAGUGAUGUACUAAAUAAAACUAUAGUUUUAUUUAAUGAGUGAUGUGCGUGAAAACCUAAGAAACAAAUGAUGUACUAAAAGAAAGUUUGCAAUACCAUAUGUAUAACUAUUACAGUUAUCUCGCAACUACAGAUCUCCUGCGGUUUUACUCGCGUUAAUUUCAGGAAAAAGGUUAUAGUGAGUCAAACUUAAAAGAUGGACAUAUGCUGUCUUGGGCUUUUUAUAGAACUUUUAAAGGGGAACAAUUCUGUCUUACAUGAUUUUUGUGAACUUGAACCGUUUACCCCGCGCACGCAACGAAAGCGCACAAAUGGAAUAUUUUUACCCGUUUUUGCAACAUUUUUAUCGAUGCUCCGCUCCUCCUGCACCUCAUAGCACAAACGAAUAUCGAAUAUAGUUUAUGUUCUCAGGCUUGUAUUAUAUACAAUGACUUUUUUCAUAUAAUUAUAAACUUUCCGUGAAACUUUAUUUAACUGAUUGGGAAAAUUUCGUUGCGUUGUUUAGGACCCGUUGUAUAGAAUGCAUCAUUGCUCUACUGUUAAAAAAAAGUGUGUCCCCCUAACCGUUGGUCCAUGUCCUUAUUAAUAAUAUAUCUUCUGACGCAGUGGUUUGCACACACCCAUCACUUUUAUAACUCUGGCUAUUGCAUUAAUGAUAGUAUUUUCUACAAUGUCGAUGUAUCCAAUAUGAUUCUGAUCAUAGAAAUUACAACAUUUUGAAUUGACUCAACACGCGUCACACGGUGGGUUGGCGUCGCAUUUCAUAAGUCUGAUUCAGCCAUAUUGUUUCUUUCUUUUUGGUUGAACGCACUAAUCUCGGAGAAUACUUUUCCGAUUAAAACAAAAUGUUUGUGUUGCAGAGUGCCUUUAUAAAAGAAGGCUAUAGACUAUAUAACAUCACGCUAAGAUAGGCUUGUUGAAAAUAUAUCGAUGUAUCGAUAUAUCGAUAUUUUUUGCCGAUAUAUUUUGAUUCGAUAUAUCGAUACAUCGAUACAAAAUAACCAAUAUCGAAAUUUCGCUGGUGAAUUGGUUGUGCUGAUUUCCAUUAUAUUCUGUGAAGUGUGUGACUGUCUAGUCUUGUUAACGAAAGAGACCCUGCAAUCAUUUACCUGAGAGGCCCUGCAAUCAUUUUCAUCAUUCGAAAAUAGGGUCUAUUUUUAGGGAGAUAAUUUUCGUUCCAUUAUUAUUCCGCGUGUCAUAUUUCGUGAGCUACUGUACGAUAUUUUUGAGAAAAUUGGUCCGAUAUAUCGAUAUAUCGAUGUUUUUUUCGCGAUAUAUCGAAGCCGAUAUUGAUAUUUUUUAAAAGAUUGAUGUAUCGAUAUAUGGAUAUUUUUUUCAACUUUCCACAUCCCUACAAGUUUCCAUACAAAAUUUAACAAUAACAUUUCAGACUCGCAAACGAUAUUGGUUCGUGCUAAGGGUAUACUUAUCUUAGCGUGAAACGAACGAAAUUUUCCCAAUCAGUUAAAUAAAGUUUCACGGAAAGUUUAUAAUUAUAUGAAAAAAGUCAUUGUAUAUAAUACAAGCGUGAGAACAUAAACUAUAGUCUACACUACAACUCUACACCUAAGCGAAGCGAGGGCGGAUCACUAGUUAUAAACAAAAAACUACUUUAUGUGUAUAUUGACUUUUGAAUGUUUGUACUUGCCUAUGCCUAAUAAAUCGUCUGAGUAUAUGAUGUCGAAUAUAUCAAAACACAUAUAAGUAAUAUUAAUCACUGACAUGAGAAGUGAAUCAAGGAUACUGCAUCAGUGAUAUGGUAUCAAUGAAAUGUAUUUCGAUUGACUGAGUAUUUGUGGUAUGUACCGCCAUUUAUCAACUUUGCAAUCUUGACAUAAUCGUUUUUAUGUCUGGACGUCGCGUCGCGCCAUGCCUAGUUAAAAAUCAACGAUAAGAUUUGCACAUGGAAAAAUUUGGCGUCAAAGAUAUUCGAAAUAUACAUAAAUUAUAUUAAUAUGAAAAAGUAAAUUAGCGUGGAACGGUUAAUACAAAUUUGAUUAAUUUACAGGUCACUACAUUAGAAUGGUGGUAUAUUAUUCGUGUGUAUUUUCAUACUUAUUUCAGAUCCGAAUACCUUUCGAAUUUACUUGUUUUUUUUUUCACAAAAAUGGAGCAAAUGGAUGUUUUAUGUUCUGAAGGAAAAAUAAUGCUACAUACAACGAAUUAGAAAUAAAAAUAUGUAAAUAAAAUCUCUAAAGAAAGUUCGUUAACUUUACAUCAUAAGACAGGCACCAGUAUAAAUAAAUGACGCCGGGCGUAUCGUCACGAGACACGAUCUCUAUAAAAAUAAACAAAAAUCUAUGCCAAGAAAAUGCUUCAAAGUGCGUUCGUCCUGACGGCAAGCAAACAAUGUUCUAAAAUAAGCCCCGACUGAGCCACACUGCUAAUAAAUAUUUCGUCUGCAAAAUAACUUUUCUCUUUCCGAUUGAACAUAUUUUGCCUAGAUACGUUUGAAAAUUAAAUGGAGCGUAAGAUCCCGUGCUUAAUUGUUUUUUUGUGAACAAUUAAAUAUUAUCAAAACUUCAAAAAAAUUGGCUAGAAUAUGUUAUAGUCUGAAUUUAAAACGUGUUCAAAAGUUUUUUCCUUGGAUAAAGUUUUAUUUUUUGUCCACAAAUGCUUUGUUAUUUUACCGUAUAAGAUUAAGUUUAUAUUUCCUGACUUCAAAAUAGGACGUCACUCGAGGAAAAAGUUAACUUUGGUUAAUACCGCAUGUAAGUAUGCAGCAUGCAUGCCUUAGUUGUCAUGGAUUUUCCGUACAUGAAAUUUUCUACGUGUUUACGGCUUGUUUUAAUUAAAAACUUAGUGUUAUUUUUAUUCUUAUUCUUAAUUGCAAAUACCAAAUAUCAAUCAAACUAAGUUAAAUUUUACUUAAAGUUAUCAUAUAAUAAACCCGAUAUUAGUAUUUAUUAUUAUUAAAAAUUCUUUAAAAGGCGAAUGGAAAAUGCCGUUCUGUCAGCUGUCCUUAAACGAGAACCAGAUUUAACCGGAUUUUACGCCAGUAUUUUUAUAAGAUAAGAUUAAGUAUGACGCCGACUGGGAUCAUUCAGCAAACACACGCUUAUUACAGAAAUCGCAUAUGUUUUAGUUUUGCAAAGGGCCGGAGAAAACCCUUCUCAACAUAACUUAAAACAUCCAUCUUUUGUCAGAUGGUUCUUUUGUUCACUGCAAACAAUAAGUAUUUUUUUUAAAGAAAAUGCCAAUAAAUAAUAUUUCUCAAUUUCUAUAGCUUGGUCUGUGUUCUUUGUUUCUUUUCGAUUUAAAAAAUUAUUUACAACUACUACAGUAAAAUACCUAGGUAAUGUGAGUGCUUAUUUUUUUUAUUGCAGUAAAAGCAUUAUAUAUUUUUAUAUUCACACUUAUUUUAUAAAUCGAUUAAUCGUCUGUAGCUUAUGAACUGAUAAAACAAUUGUAUAGAGAUUAUGUGGUUGCAUGUUCGUCUAUGCCUAUGGCAUACGCGAUCGAGUUAACACACCCACUCAACACACAUACACAGUUACCACUACUGAUGCAAUAAUAAAUACAGAAAUCAAGGAAUGUGUGCUGACGUCACGAACGAGCCCACGAGUUAACCAAUCAGAAAUCAACAUAAAGUGUCGAGGGUAAACAACUGUACCUCUAAAACACAUUUUUUACAAAAUAAAACAACCUUUCCAGACCCAUGAUCGAAGUAAAAUCAUUAAAACGAUCACGACGAUCAUUAGCACAAUGAAAUUUUCGCGAAAAAAUGAGCUAUCCUUGUAAAUCUCUAAAUUAUCGUGAAUCAUGAGCAUCUGUGCGUUCAAUAUAGUCGUACUCUUCUGUUACAUUGAAAAGUGAAUCAUACAAAAGAGAUAACAACUGCGCUAGUAUUAUGAAUGAAAAGAGCGGGUUUGUAUAGAGCGACUUCAACUGUUGCGGCCGACUGGCCGUAUUCCUCAUUAACUUGCGAGUUUGGCAAGACGUGUUGUAAUUUUAACUCGCGCAGUGAGUUGUUACGUUGAAUUCAAAACUGUGAUACAAUUUGUGCUUCAAAUAAAUCAGAAAAAUGGGCAUGUCUAUCAAUAAUUUACCCUUGAUCCGCGAGGAAUGCGAGAUGCUGCACCUGACAGACAAGCAGCUCAGAGAGAUAAUGAACAGACUUCACAAUGACCUUGUGAAGGGUCUUGGCAAAGACACACACGCCAAUUCUAUUGUCAAGUGCUGGCUCACUUAUAUUCAAGAUUUACCAAAUGGGAAAGAACGCGGUAAAUUUUUAGCUUUGGAUUUAGGUGGCACAAAUUUCCGUGUAUUAAUUAUAAACCUCGGAGAAAACCAUUUUGAUAUGCAAUCAAAAAUAUAUGCUAUACCAAAUCAUAUUAUGACUGGUACAGGUGUCGCUUUGUUUGAUCAUAUCGCGGAAUGUUUAGCUUAUUUUAUGAAGGAACACCAUGUAUACGAGGAACGUUUAGCUCUUGGUUUCACAUUUAGUUUCCCUCUGAAACAACUGGGUCUCACCAAAGGCAUCUUACAACGUUGGACCAAGGGAUUCUCUUGUAGCGGAGUGGUCGGCGAAGAUGUUGUACAAGGUCUUAAAGAUGCUAUUGCAAGAAGAGGGGACGUUCAGAUUGACAUAUGUGCCAUAUUGAAUGACACUACGGGCACAUUGAUGUCUUGCGCGUGGAAAAACCACAACUGCAAAAUAGGACUUAUUGUUGGUACUGGAAGCAACGCGUGCUAUGUGGAGAAAACAGAGAACUGUGAGUUGUUUGAUGGAGAACCAGGCAAGCCUGAUCUACUGAUCAACACUGAAUGGGGUGCAUUCGGGGACGACGGUACUCUGGACUUUGUUCGCACGGAAUUCGACCGCGAAGUCGACAACAACUCCAUCAACCCUGGAAAACAAAUUCAAGAGAAGAUGAUUUCCGGAAUGUACAUGGGAGAACUAGUGCGUCUGGCUUUAGUUAAAUUCACGAAAAUGGGCUUGCUAUUCGGUGGGCGGGGCUCGGAUCUGUUAUUCAAAAGAGGCAGCUUCUACACUAAAUACGUAUCUGAGAUUGAGUCAGACAAGCCUGGCGACUUCACAAGCUGCAUGGAAGUCCUAGAAGAACUUGGCUUGUCACACGCCACGGAGGCGGACAUGGCGGGCGUGCGGCACGUGUGCGAAUGCAUCAGCCGGCGCGCCGCACACCUCGUGUCGGCCGGCAUCGCCACGCUACUCAACAAGAUGAACGAGCCGCGCGUCACCGUCGGUAUCGACGGCUCCGUCUACCGAUUCCACCCGCACUUCCACGCGCUCAUGUGCGAAAAGAUCGCGCAGCUGGUCCGGCCUGGCAUACAGUUCGACUUGAUGUUAUCUGAGGACGGCAGCGGUCGCGGCGCGGCUCUAGUAGCGGCGGUCGCGUGCCGCCAGCAGCUCGCGACGGCGUAAGUCGCAUUCAUGUUCAGCGAUCUCCUUCGAACCUUAGUGGUCUCCAGUAGGCGAGCUACGGGUCUGUUGUGCGUCUCUCCGCUUACUUAUCCUCCCUCACCAUACAAGUACCAAGUACUUAUUGAGCAACACUGGUAGCUGCAACGUUGACGUUCGAAAGUUGCCAUAAUGUUUGUUUGCAAAGUGUGAUGCUUUAAAUGCUUAAAUAGGUUGCUUUUAAGUAUGUAUAUCAAAUUGUGUAAUUCGACUCAAUAGUCAAAAAGUUAACUAAACCAUGUGAAAGAUAUUUAUUAAAUAUCGUUUGAAAGCUUUUUCCUGUUCGAAUGUGUAGACAAAUUUUAUCAUAAGGAAAAAUCAUCCGGUUUUCAGAAAACCUAGCACUUUCUCUCGAUGUACAUAUUGCAAAGUUUAUGUUACGCUUUAAUUGAAAAAAAAAGUAAAUGGUCUGAGAUAGGCACAUUCGACGGACGCCUAAAUCUGUAGCAAUAUAUUAAUGUACUUAUAUAUUUUAUUAUUGCUCUAGUCAGAUAUCGGAGAUUUUAUGAAACUGGCUACUUAAUUAUUGUUCUUGAUUUAUAGCUAUCGGACUCUCGUUCUACUUAAAGACUGAUUUUGGCAGAGAACUUACAAUACAGUACAGAAUACCUCUAAAUAAAAUAAAAACCUAUUGUGUAUAAUUUCAUUAAAGAAAUAGCCGUCCCUGCCCAUGCAUUUGUCAUAACAUAACAGUGCCUAUCUUAGCAAAGAUUUGUUCAAUAGUUCCAGAUAUUCAAUGACUAACAUUAUUUUAGCAAUAAGUGGUCUAGAAGUUUAACGGAGAGAUAGCUUAUUUAAGUUACAUAGCUAUGUUAUCAUAAUUUUAGCUACUACCGAAAAAUAUUAGAGAAAUACAAAACACGCAGGCUCUGUAUGAGACUGUGAAUAGACCCGACAAUUAUAGUUAUAUAUACUCUUAUUUCUUAGAGAAAUAAAUAAAUAUCUAUGUUUCUAAGAUCUUAUAAAGUUAAUAAAUAACUUAUUAUGGAGUCUUUACUGUUAAUUUCAACUUGAUGAGUGUACUUAUACAGCUUUUAAAAUAUAUUUAUCUUUGUGCGUGAUUUGUUUACCCCACAAAUGUAGUGUCAUUUUUGAUCAUUCCAUUUUACGAUCACAAACUAUAUUUAAAGGUACUUGAAUACCUCAAUACCAAAUCAAUGUAAAGAUAUUCGUUUGAUUUAGUGAAUCUUUUUUUCUUUACUUAAACUAUUACUUCAUGACUCAAACUUUAACGGAAAUUUAGAUAUUGAACUAAAAAAUACUUAUUUUGGAGACAUCUGAAUUGUUUAAAGAUUAAGGUACUUAUUAGGUGUUUUGAUAUUUUACUGUGAUAGAAAUUAGGACUAUUAACUAUGAAAAACAAUGUUUUCGUUGCCAUUCUAGUUUUCACCCAUGUUAUCAUUUUAAUAUCUUAAAACAGCUGCACUGGCAGCAAUGUACCUACAUUCAUACAUUAUGUAAGUAUGUAAAAUCGAAAAAGUUGGUGAUGUAUGUUUUAGAUGAUAAAAUGUGUACAUGAACUAAGCUAUCGCUCGAUAGUUUCCGGAGGGCCUUCUACAAAAAAAAACUAUAUGCGGGCCAAAGAUCGUCAUUCAUAAUAUAUUAACCUUUAUUUUAGUCCUAAAUGCAUUUAAAAACAAGGUCAAUACGACGAGCUGCACCUCUUUGUGUUAAUAUUUUUAAUAGGAGAGCCCAGUUUCUUGCCUUGCCAAGAUUAAACUCGGAACGAUAUCACCAAAAGUGGCAGACCGCUGCAUUUCUCGAUUUUACUUAAUCUUAUAUCCAUCAUCGUUAUUGGAAUUCAAUUGAAAUAUCUUAAAUGUUCAUUUAUGGAAAAUCCAUUUACAUUACAAAACAAUGAAGUUUAUAAUUAUUAUUUUUUCAAUUACUGUUAUAUAAAUGUAUGCACACCAUUAAAAUACAUAAAUACGAAUACAUGGUAUUUACGUCACACACCCAACAUAGUUCCUAGAUGAUAAAAUAGGUGCAUUUUAUUUUAAGUACUUUAAAUGAAAAAUUUGUAGCAUGCUCCUUUUGGUUUACGUGUACCAAAAUAUUAUGUUUUAAGUAUAGUUAUAAAUAAUAUAGUAAUUUAGAUACUUUUUAUUUAUUUCCGCGAAUCAUUAUUUCAAUAAGUAUGUUACAUACGUGUUAACAUCUUAUGAUCCUUAUAUUGUUAUAAAAUAUUUAAAGAAAAGUAAGUACAAAAUAUUUCUUAUGGAAUGUCUACGCAUUGUACCUACCUAGCGAACUCAUAGCUUACCCAUAGCGCAGAUUUGGAUUUUGGCUGUUUUUUUCUUUAGUAACUGUUCGUAUUAUUUCAAUAUCGUUGCUCAAUUUUAUUUCAUUUUAUUUAACAGCCCUAUCUCUAUUCAGAGUAAAAAGGUAGAUAGAUUCUAAAGACAAUUUUUGCGAAACUACUACAUAAUACCUAUAUGUAGAUACUUUUGUUGUAGACAUGUUGUAGAUAGUAGGUUACCCGUUAAAAAUAGGGUUCAAGUUCGAUGGGUACAAUAUUGUACUUAUGUUCUAAAAACAAUUUAUAUUCAACUUUCUACUUUGAUCUGAUAAAAAAGUUCUUUCUACUAAAAAUGGAAAAUGUUACAUUCCAUGACUCUGCAGCCAAAUAUUCAACAUAUUAAAAAUGGUGGUAAUAGAAAUAAGUUCUAUUUAUUUCAAAAAGGGAAUAUGUAUUGAUAUAAUUCAGCACACACACACACACACACACAUAUCACCCAUCAGUAUAAUAGGUUAUGGUAUUAUUAUAAUUCACAAAGUGAAUCAAGGCCUGGAGCUUUGUUUUGAUAUUCUCGUUAUAACAUAAUUUUAUUAUGUAAAGAAUGGUAUUGUUUUUUAUUGAAAUGUGAUUUUGAUAAAUUGCUACCUAUCAAUAAUUUUGUAGAUAGUUAUUUUUAAGGAAAUUUAUGUUGAGAUAGGUUUGAAGAAAAAUAUUGUAGCUAGCUCCAUCUGUGUAUGAGCUGAUAGCAAUGUUACUUAUUUAAAAUAAAUUUAUAUUAAUAAUUA